AUGUACAGCGACCAGAGCGUUUCGUGUCCAGCAGAGUUUCUGUCAUCUCUAGAGAUAUCAGGAGAACCUUCUCAUAAGCUCAAAGUUGGGGUUCCAGUGCUACUGAUGCACAACAUUGAUGCACCCAAACUGUGUAACGGAUACUUACAGAUCUACAAUUUCAUCAGGAUACUUACAGAUCUACCAUUUCAUCAGGAUACUUGCAGAUCUACCAUUUUAUCAGGAUACUUACAGAUCUACCAUUUCAUCAGGAUACUUACAGAUCUACCAUUUCAUCAGGAUACUUACAGAGCUACCAUUUCAUCAGGAUACUUACAGAUCCACCAUUUCAUCAGGAUACUUACAGAUCCACCAUUUCAUCAGGAUACUUACAGAUCCACCAUUUCAUCAGGAUACAUACACAUAUCCACCAUUUCAUCAGGAUACUUACAGAUCUACCAUAUCAUCAGGAUACUUACAGAUCUACCAUAUCAUCAGGAUACUUACAGAUCCACCAUUUCAUCAGGAUACUUACAGAUCUACCAUUUCAUCAGGAUACUUACAGAUCCACCAUUUCAUCAGGAUACUUACAGAUCUAUCAUUUCAUCAGGAUACUUACAGAUCUACCAUUUCAUCAGGAUACUUACAGAUCCACCAUUUCAUCAGGAUACUUACAGAUCUAUCAUUUCAUCAGGAUACUUACAGAUCUAUCAUUUCAUCAGGAUACUUACAGAUCUACCAUUUCAUCAGGAUACUUACAGAUCCACCAUUUCAUCAGGAUACUUACAGAUCUAUCAUUUCAUCAGGAUACUUACAGAUCUACCAUUUCAUCAGGAUACUUACAGAUCCACCAUUUCAUCAGGAUACUUACAGAUUUACCAUUUCAUCAGGACACUUACAGAUUUACCAUUUCAUCAGGAUACUUACAGAUCCACCAUUUCAUCAGGAUACUUACAGAUCUAUCAUUUCAUCAGGAUACUUACAGAUCUACCAUUUCAUCAGGAUACUUACAGAUCCACCAUUUCAUCAGGAUACUUACAGAUCCACCAUUUCAUCAGGAUACUUACAGAUCCACCAUUUCAUCAGGAUACUUACAGAUCUACCAUCCACCAUUUCAUCAGGAUACUUACAGAUCUACCAUUUCAAUUUACACAUCUCCAAUUUGGUUGUUGCCUCCUUUCUCUUGAGUUGCUGGUCAUCUUACCCAUGAAUGAGCCACACGUGGGCGCAGCUAGUCGCAAUAUUGAUGCGUACGCCCAUGCGUCCUCGAUUUCAGUGACGGGUACAGUAUACCUACCUAUAGUGCUCUCAGUCCUGCUCUGUGUGACGGGUACAAUAUACCUACCUAUAGUGCUCUCAGUCCUGCUCUGUGUGACGGGUACAGUAUACCUACCUAUAGUGCUCUCAGUCCUGCUCUGUGUGACGGGUACAAUAUACCUACCUAUAGUGCUCUCAGUCCUGCUCUGUGUGACGUGUACAGCAUACCUACCUAUAGUGCUCUCAGUCCUGCUCUGUGUGACGUGUACAGCAUACCUACCUAUAGUGCUCUCAGUCCUGCUCUGUGUGACGGGUACAGCAUACCUACCUAUAGUGCUCUCAGUCCUGCUCUGUGUGACGGGUACAGUAUACCUACCUACAGGGCUCUCAGUCCUGCUCUGUGUGACGGGUACAGUAUACCUACCUAUAGUGCUCUCAGUCCUGCUCUGUGUGACGGGUACAGUAUACCUACCUAUAGUGCUCUCAUUCCUGCUCUGUGUGACGGGUACAGUAUACCUACCUAUAGUGCUCUCAGUCCUGCUCUGUGUGACGGGUACAGUAUACCUACCUAUAGCGCUCUCAGUCCUGCUCUGUGUGACGGGUACAGUAUACCUACCUAUAGUGCUCUCAGUCCUGCUUUGUGUGACGGGUACAGUAUACCUACCUAUAGUGCUCUCAUUCCUGCUCUGUGUGACGGGUACAGUAUACCUACCUAUAGUGCUCUCAUUCCUGCUCUGUGUGACAUGUACAGUAUACCUACCUAUAGUGCUCUCAUUCCUGCUCUGUGUGACGGGUACAGUACUCCUACCUAUAGUGCUCUCGGUCCUGCUCUGUGUGACGGGUACAGUGUACCUACCUAUAGUGCUCUCAGUCCUGCUCUGUGUGACGGGUACAGUGUACCUACCUAUAGUGCUCUCAGUCCUGCUCUGUGUGACGGGUACAGUAUACCUACCUAUAGUGCUCUCAGUCCUGCUCUGUGUGACGUGUACAGCAUACCUACCUAUAGUGCUCUCAGUCCUGCUCUGUGUGACGGGUACAGUAUACCUACCUACAGGGCUCUCAGUCCUGCUCUGUGUGACGGGUACAGUAUACCUACCUAUAGUGCUCUCAGUCCUGCUCUGUGUGACGGGUACAGUAUACCUACCUAUAGUGCUCUCAGUCCUGCUCUGUGUGACGGGUACAGUAUACCUACCUAUAGUGCUCUCAGUCCUGCUCUGUGUGACGUGUACAGUAUACCUACCUAUAGUGCUCUCAGUCCUGCUCUGUGUGAGGUGUACAGUAUACCUACCUAUAGUGCUCUCAGUCCUGCUCUGUGUGACGGGUACAGUAUACCUACCUAUAGUGCUCUCAGUCCUGCUCUGUGUGACGGGUACAGUAUACCUACCUAUAGCGCUCUCAGUCCUGCUCUGUGUGACGGGUACAGUACACCUACCUAUAGUGCUCUCAGUCCUGCUCUGUGUGACGGGUACAGUAUUCCUACCUAUAGUGCUCUCAGUCCUGCUCUGUGUGACGGGUACAGUAUACCUACCUAUAGCGCUCUCAGUCCUGCUCUGUGUGACGGGUACAGUAUACCUACCUAUAGUGCUCUCAGUCCUGCUCUGUGUGACGGGUACAGCAUACCUACCUAUAGUGCUCUCAGUCCUGCUCUGUGUGACGUGUACAGUAUACCUACCUAUAGUGCUUUCAGUCCUGCUCUGUGUGACGGGUACAGUAUACCUACCUAUAGUGCUCUCAGUCCUGCUCUGUGUGACGGGUACAGCAUACCUACCUAUAGUGCUCUCAGUCCUGCUCUGUGUGACGGGUACAGUAUACCUACCUAUAGUGCUCUCAGUCCUGCUCUGUGUGACGGGUACAGUAUACCUACCUAUAGUGCUCUCGGUCCUGCUCUGUGUGACGGGUACAGUAUACCUACCUAUAGUGCUCUCAGUCCUGCUCUGUGUGACGUGUACAGUAUACCUACCUAUAGUGCUCUCAGUCCUGCUCUGUGUGACGGGUACAGUAUACCUACCUAUAGUGCUCUCAGUCCUGCUCUGUGUGACGGGUACAGUAUACCUACCUAUAGUGCUCUCAGUCCUGCUUUGUGUGACGGGUACAGUAUACCUACCUAUAGCGCUCAGUCCUGCUCUGUGUGACGUGUACAGUACACCUACCUAUAGUGCUCUCAGUCCUGCUCUGUGUUACGGGUACAGUAUACCUACCUACAGUGCUCUCAGUCCUGCUCUGUGUGACGGGUACAGCAUACCUACCUAUAGUGCUCUCAGUCCUGCUCUGUGUGACGGGUACAGUAAACCUACCUAUAGGGCUUUCAGUCCUGGUCUGUGUGACGGGUACAGUAUACCUACCUAUAGUGCUCUCAGUCCUGCUCUGUGUGACGGGUACAGUAAACCUACCUAUAGGGCUUUCAGUCCUGGUCUGUGUGACGGGUACAGUAUACCUACCUAUAGUGCUCUCAGUCCUGCUCUGUGUGACGGGUACAGUAUACCUACCUAUAGUGCUCUCAGUCCUGCUUUGUGUGACGGGUACAGUAUACCUACCUAUAGCGCUCAGUCCUGCUCUGUGUGACGUGUACAGUACACCUACCUAUAGUGCUCUCAGUCCUGCUCUGUGUGACGGGUACAGCAUACCUACCUAUAGUGCUCUCAGUCCUGCUCUGUGUGACGGGUACAGUAUACCUACCUAUAGGGCUUUCAGUCCUGGUCUGUGUUACGGGUACAGUAUACCUACCUACAGUGCUCUCAGUCCUGCUCUGUGUGACGGGUACAGCAUACCUACCUAUAGUGCUCUCAGUCCUGCUCUGUGUGACGGGUACAGUAUACCUACCUAUAGGGCUUUCAGUCCUGCUCUGUGUGACGGGUACAGUAUACCUACCUAUAGGGCUUUCAGUCCUGCUCUGUGUGACGGGUACAGUAUACCUACCUAUAGGGCUUUCAGUCCUGCUCUGUGUGACGGGUACAGUAAACCUACCUAUAGGGCUUUCAGUCCUGGUCUGUGUGACGGGUACAGUACACCUACCUAUAGUGCUCUCAGUCCUGCUCUGUGUGACGGGUACAGUAUACCUACCUAUAGUGCUCUCAGUCCUGCUCUGUGUGACGUGUACAGUAUACCUACCUAUAGUGCUCAGUCCUGCUCUGUGUGACAGGUACAGUAUACCUACCUAUAGUGCUCUCAGUCCUGCUCUGUGUGACGGGUACAGUAAACCUACCUAUAGGGCUUUCAGUCCUGGUCUGUGUGACGGGUACAGUAUACCUACCUAUAGUGCUCUCAGUCCUGCUCUGUGUGACGGGUACAGUAUACCUACCUAUAGUGCUCUCAGUCCUGCUUUGUGUGACGGGUACAGUAUACCUACCUAUAGCGCUCA